UCUAGAACACUCGCUGACUCUAAGUUCUCAUCCAUUUGACUCCUCUCCCUGUCUCAGGGAGAGGAGGAAGGGCCAGGCAUGAGUCACUGGGGGGCACACCCCCUUCGGAUUUCUUAUUUCUUCCUUCAGUACCGUGCCUGAAGCUCCUCAGAACCCACAAAUUCUCUCUGGUGGUGGCCGCUGGCCUACAACCUUUUCCCUUUCAAACCCCAAAUGCUGGCUUAAGCACCAUACUUUGGACGUGUGGUGUCUGGAGAGAUGGCCGCGAUCAGGAGAUUCUUGAAAUGGGUUAGGCGAAUUUGGCGAAAAAUGACCUGCUGGGUCCGGUUCUGGAAAUAUGAAACCAAGCCAAGCAUGCCCGACCAGCCCAAGAAACAUUCCCUGAAGGAGAAGACUGCCUCGGACUUUGACCCUUCAAAGAUGGUCAAACCCCACAAAGAGCCCAAGGUCUCUGACCUGGAUGUCUGCCCAGGGGUGCUUGAACCCUCUGUGUUGGCCGCUGUCAAGGACAUGCCCGCUGUACCCCGCAAGAGUCGCUCCCUGAUGCAGCUGUCCCAGAAUGUGGUCCACUCGGUUUCCACGCUGAUGGUCUCGGCGCUGCAGUCUGGCUGGCGACUGUGUAAGUGGAAGUCUUCUAUGAGCUCUGCGUCACUUUCCUCUCGAAUGAAGAGCGGGUCGGCCUUGGAGACGCCGGAAGCUGAGAUGCUGCGGGAAGUGUACCUGGUACUCUGGGUCAUUCGCAAACAGCUGAGAGAGCUGGCCCGCAGGCAGGAGAGGCGCAGGCGGGGCCACAUGCGGUCCCACGCGUCCCACACAUCCCACCACUCCGACCCAGUGCAGGGCCUCAAACAGGACGCCCGAAGUCCCCUCUAGGCAGGGGAGCCCCAGAUCCUUAGAAAGCCCCCGACUCACUCUUAAGGAAGGUUGGCAGGUGGGGUUCAAGGCCAUCGGGCCAGAGUUGCUGGUGAGGAGACCUUUGACCAUACUGUCACCUCUCAUCGGAAGCCCAAGACCAGGCCUGGGGUCGAACAUACUCCCCUUCUCUGUGUUUGUUCGA